UCUCAUUUCCCACCCUCCUCCCUCCUCCCUCCUCCUUUCACUCACAUCGUUCGUUCUCCCGUCCCAUUUCCUCCUCCUCCUCCUCCGUCCUCUUCCUUCAUCCUCUGCAAAUACUAAACGCUGCGUUUCGCCAACAAUGCACUUCGAUUCUCUCGAGAAAUACUAAACGCUGCGUUUCGCUGAACUAGAACGACAAUGGCGGACUGGAUUUCCUCCAAGCUCAGAGCCGCCGAAACUCUCCUCCAACAGAUCGAUCAGCAAGCUGCGGAGUCGCUGCGGAAAAACGAGAAGCAGAUCGCCGACGAAUUGAGCUUGGAAACUCCGACGAAAGCGGGGGGCAGUGUGCCUUUGAAGGAUCAGUUGAAGAAGAAAACCCUAGAAAAUCAAAUUAGCGAUUAUCGCGGAAAAUUAACCGGCGAUCCGAGCUUAAGCAUUGUUAGUAACAACAUUAACAUUAAUGAUGAUGGUAGUAGUGGUAAUAGUAAUAGGGAUAGAGAGAUUGUUGGAAUUCCGAAACCAAGGAAGAGUCUUACUGAUAGUGACUGGACUCAACUCCUUAGUAGUACACCGAAUCGGGGAACUACUUCUGCCGCGAGGCGUGGCAAUGGUUUCCCCGGGGUUCGUAGUCUGAGGAAGGAUGGUAGGAGGCAGGGCAGUGCCAGUUCCACAUCGAGUUUGUCGGUUUUGGAGGCUAAGAGGAGUCAAAAGAGUGGUGGUAAUAAUAUUGUGAAGACGCCGCGGAGGGCAAGUGUUGGGGAAGGAAGUAAGUUGAAUGCGAAGGUAAGUGAUGGGAAGGAAUCUGGCUUUUCUGUUUCAGAUACACCGGAGAGGUCUUCUCGUGUUGAGUUGAAGCGUGAUGGUAAGAUUUUGGAAGGACGAGAAUUGGAUUUUAGAGAUGUGGGUUUAAACACUUUGGAGGAAACAAAAGAUAAGGGAAAUGAGGAAAAUGGUGGGCGUUUUGAUAUUAAGGAGCUUUCUUCCGAGGGUAAUUUACAUUCAGUAAAGAAGGACGAUGGGGUUUCUAAUAAGAAGCUAGAAGGGGAGAAUGUGGGUGAUCGGUUGAGAAAGCAUGAGUCUAAUGAAGCCUCUAGAAGUUCUACCUCUGAUGAUUUAAAGAGAGGUUUUACUUCCGUAACUGAUGGGAGCUCUGAGUCGGACACAGACUCAGGUUCAAGUUUUGAUUCCGAGAGUGAGCGUGAAAAGGAGGAAAGGAGAAAGAAGAGGGAGAAGAUUCUGGCGGAGAAAGCGGCAGCUAAAGCCGUGGAGGCCAUCAAAGAGAGGGAAAAUAUUGUUGCCAGAUUGGAGGGCGAGAAGCAGAGCUUGGAAAAAAUACUUGAAGAGCAAGUGAAACAACAAGCACAAGAGGCUUCAAAGCUGCAAAUGACUAUGAUGGAAACCAUGGAAGCUGCUGAUUUAGAAAAGCAGAAACAUAACAACACUAGAAUGGAAGCCUUUGCGCGGUUGGCUAAACUGGAGACUGCAAAUGCAGACCUUGCAAAAUCCCUAGCCAAUGUUCAAUGGAAUCUUCAAGUAGAGGUGAAUCAGGUAGCAGAACUUCGACAGCAAAUUGAGUUAAAAGAAGUGAACCAGGAAGAGCUCAGAAGGAAGAUCUCCGACACUCAUCAAACAAAAUUAUCUCUAAAGAAAAUGGCAGCGUCAAAAGGAAUUGAACUUGAACGAGAGAUUUUGGAGGCAGAGUAUGCCUUUGUUACCGAUAAAGUUGUGCGAUUGCAAGAUAAGGCACAGAAGCUGGAAGCAAACAUUGAAUUCACAAGGAAAGAGAUAGAGGAUCCAACAAAUAUAGAAAUUGAGCUCAAGCGAAGGCUUGCUCAGAUGACUGACCAUUUGAUUCAUAAACAAGCCCAGGUUGAGGCUCUCUCCUCAGAGAAGGCAACUCUUAUGUUCAGAAUGGAGGCUGUCUCAAGGUUGCUAGAUGAAAGCAAGUCAUUGACCGAAUUUUCCGCUACCUCAUCAAGGGACAUAGAAUCAGGCAGACCUUUAUUCGAAGACAGAAUCCGGUCGGGCAGGAAGCACCUGGGUUCAGCACUUCAGCAAUUGGAGUCUUUAUUCAUGGCCGGAGUAGUGUUUUUGAGGAGGAAUCCGACUGCGAAAAUAUGGUCCGGGAUUUACUUCUUGUGCCUUCACUUGUGGGUUAUUUACAUUCUAAUGUCCCAUUCCCAAGCGUCAAAUGAGAUCAAAUCCGGGUCUGUCAUAUCCUUGGAAAACAUUAACAACACUGCUGGUGUAUAGUACAGUAUAAUUUGUUUGUAUUUUUAUUUAUUUUUUCUUUCGUUCAUACGAUCCCAGUCGUUUUUAGUGAAUAUAGGGGUAGUCAAGUUUGGCUGGGGCAGCGAGUCCACCUGUACACCCGAGUUCGAAUUCCUAUCUCCGUAGUUUAGAUAAGAUUACGAUAUUGCUUCUUUCAAAGAAGAGAAAUAAGUCUAUAUUCCAUUCAACUGUAGUAUUAUACUUCA